GCGGGGGGGAUUUAUCCCUCAGCCCGAGUCCAAAAUGGCGACGAGCGGUGACGUAAAGAAGAUCUCGUGAGAGCAAAGUGCCGCGAUUUGGAGGCGCCCGCGCUUCCCCCCGAGAGGAGCGGCUCCCCACCGAUCGCAUGAGAGUCUAGGCUGACUGAGGCCUGGGGGCGGUGCGCGGGCGCCGCAGUGCAUGCUGGGGCCGGCGCGCCUCGGGUGGGGCCUAACUCAAGACGAAAGCGCGGGACCCACAAAAGUACGGGUCACGAGAGGAUGUCCUUGUCUGGGUAGUCAGCGAAGCGUCGCCCGGUUGCAGCGUUGUGACUUCUAAGGAAUGCAAGGAGAAAAAGGUCCUCGACUUUGCAAAUAAACUAGAGAGAAGUGAAAACUUAAAAAAAUCUAAAGAUGAAGGUUUUUCAGACCGUUUGCAGGCAACUCAGAAAUGCAAAGGGGUUUUCUAUACAAGCAGCCCCCUGUAUGGGUUUCUCUACUUCUCAUUCGUGUGGCCGGAAGAAAAAAGUGACCAUUUAUGAAGAAGUAGACCAAGAAAAAUACUCUGAUUUAGUUCAGUCUGUCUUGUCAUUCAGAAGCCAUGCUCAGACCCCAGAAUCACUGCUUGAGGAAGAUGCAUUACUCUAUGGACCUGUGAGUAAGCAUAAGCCCCCAAAGCAAGAUGAUGAAACAAGGACUCCACGAAACUGGUUUCCUCUCCUCAAUCCAGAGAAAAGGGUAAUAUCAAAUACAGCAAGUGACCCUUCAAUUCCCUUGAAAAUCCCUUUGCAACGGAAUGUGAUACCAAGUGUGACCCGGGUCCUGCAACAGACCAUGACAUCAGAACAGGUCUUCUAUUUGGAGAGGUGGAAACAGCGAAUGAUACUAGAACUGGGAGAAGAUGGCUUUGCAGCAUAUUCUUCAAACACAUUUUUACAAGGGAAACGGUUCCAUGAAGCCUUGGAGUGCAUACUUUCACCCCAGGGGAAUUCCAAAGAGAGAGAUGGAAAUCUAGAAUCUGGCUACAUUGAAAGCAUCCAGCAUGUUCUGAAAGAUGUCAGUGGGGUGCGAGCUCUUGAAAGCGCCGUUCGACAUGAAGGCCUCAAGUAUGUGGGUCUGCUGGACUGCGUGGCCAAGUAUCAGGACAAGCUGUGUGUGAUUGAUUGGAAGACAUCAGAGAAACCAAAGCCUUUUAUCCGAAAUACAUUCGACAGCCCACUGCAAGUUGCAGCGUACAUUGGUGCCAUAAACCAUGAUGCCAACUAUAGCUUUCAGGUUCAAUGUGGCUUAAUUGUGGUGGCCUACAAAGAUGGGUCCCCUGCCCACCCACACUUCAUGGACACGGAGCUCUGUUCCCAGUACUGGUCCAAGUGGCUUCUUCGACUGGAAGAAUAUACAGACAGGGAAAAGAACCAGAAUCUUCAGAAACCAGGUUAGGGGACAGGACACUGGGAACAUGCAGUACGUUCUCAGGUUGAGAAAGACGUUGCCGUGUACUGUAAUUUAAAAAUGGAGAUGCUCAGGAGAGCUGCAUUAACCCAGGCAGAAGUAUUCACGUGUUGAAAUGUAACCAAAAUCAUUGAAAAGCCUUAGAAGUUUAGAUUUGAAGAGCUGGAGUCCAGCACAUCAAAUGCCAGCCAUGCUACCCCCAGCUAUUGUUUACCUGAAAGAGGGUGAGCAGGGUUGGCACAGCCUUGGUGGCUCUUGGGCUCCUUUGUAGGCUGGCUGUGUUCCGGGCAGGAAUCCCAGUCUCUGAAUCAGAUUGAAACGCGAUGAGGCUUGGGGUGCCAAGCACAGGAGGUGCCUGCUUCUCCGCUUUCCCUGGGGGGUACACUGUGGCAGAGGGGAGAGGACAGGUACCCCCAGAACGUGCGUGGAGAACUCCCAUCAGCCAGUUGCCAUGCCAACGAAGUUCUCUUGGAAUUUGUUUUAUAUACUGGGGUUCUGUAUGUUUCAUUUGGGGAGAGAGGCUUCCAUUUAAAGUUUGUGAAAAAUAAGGAUGUGAUGUGUCGCGUAAACACUACUUUCUGGGAAGGUAGGUCGUGUCCACCACCUUGUUGGCAAUAUCCCUCAACACAUAACCCCUAGAAGUAGCCACACCCCACUUUGAGAAUUGUAAUUGUAGGUGUUUUAGUAACUAUAUGCUGGUUUGAUUCAAUGGAUCCUGUAUUUAGAGAAAAUCCAUUGUUUGGACAUUUUCAGCCAUGGGGGAAGAAGAAGAAGAAUUUCUGUGUUUGAUAGGUAAUAAAAUUAUUCGUUGCUGUUGGGUUCGAGAAAAUUAAGUAAAUGCCUAGAGUAGCCCUAGGAGAGCACAGGUAGUGUGGUGGUUAAGAGCCGGGCUGCUAACCAGAAGGUCAGCAGUUCAAAUCUACCGACUGCUCCUUGGAAACACGAUGAGGCAGUUUUACUCUGUCGUGUAAGUUGGAGGUGACUCCAGAGCAACGAGUUGGGGUUUCGUUUUGUUCUGUUUGACAGUCCUGUGGGGGGGCUCCCUGUUUUGUUUGUUUGACAGUCCUGUGGGAGGGCUCCCUGUUUUACAGACUGGGUCUCUCAGCGUUUAAGUUACAGCUGCUGUCUUAGAAGAGUAAACUGCUGAAUCGCUUUUUUCUUGUAUAAGCUGGUGUAAGAAAUAAAAGAUAUGAAUUAAA